ACAAAGAUACAACAAAGAUGGCCGGCCAUGGAGUGAACGCUGAGGUAGAACAAUUGAGUUGGUAUCACUACAAUGUAAGUCGUCAUGUGGCAGAAGGCUUGUUGAUGGCUAAUGGUAGAGAUGGGAGUUAUUUACUCCGAGCUAGUGCAUCUAAUCCAGGAGAAUAUUCAUUAUCAGUGAGAUGUGCCAGUUCUGUGAAGCAUUUUCAAAUUGGCUGGGACGGUUCACAGUUUAAAUUUGGAAUGGGAUCAUUUUCAAAUAUCAGUGAAUUUGUGGAACAUUUUGAAAAUAAGCCUUUGAUUGGUGGUGAUUCGGGGGUCCUUACUUUAUUGAAAUACCCUUAUCCAAGAGAUAUUGAAGAACCAACAACCUAUGAGAAAGUACGAGUACAUGCAGAGUGGGGGAAAAAUAGGAAAAGUAGCAUAGAAAACUCUAUGGAUCAUUCUUUUGGUUCAAAAGAAGGAUAUCUCACUAAACUUGGUGGCAAAGUAAAGAAUUGGAAAACAAGGUGGUUUGUACUACUGAAAAAUGAACUGAAGUACUUUAAAACAAAAGGGGACAAAGAACCUAUUAAAACGAUAGACCUUGAAGAAUGUCAAGAAGUGGCAAGAGAUGACUCAUUAGGAAAAGGAAAUUGUUUCAGGAUUGUCAUGCCUUACAGAACAUUCUUCUGUUAUGCAAAUUCAACACAAGAAGCUGAAGAGUGGAUCAAAAUUCUUCAAUGGAAGCUGGAAAAUGUAACUGUGACAAGACAAAGGCAAUCAACCUACAGAUGAGACAUCAGCCUAUAUCAAGAGCAUUUUAUUCAGAUAUUAAUUUAAAUUAAAGUAUUGUUUAUGUAAAUACAUAUUCUGAGUGAAUCAACACUCUUACUACCAAGAAAACUUCUCUGUUGUAAAAUUCUCUUUACAUUAUAGUGCAGGAUUUGAACACGGUGAAAGGUGAUUGUUGUGUAGUUUGUUUCAAUUUCUUUAUGUAACUUGAUCAAUUAGUAGAACUUUCAAAAACUUUAAUGCAUGUUGUCCAGCAGAUUGCACAUGAUUGAGUUUAGGCUGUCAGAUUAGGAGUUGCUAGGAAUUAUGUUUGAAUGAGAGUCACUCAGAGCAAGAAGUGAAGGAAACACCAGCCUCUUGAGUGCUCUGCAAAUCUCCCAAUAGAGAGGGAAUAAUGACGUGCCUGCAACAGGCGAACACUUUUUUGAGUCCAAAGCAGGG